GCGUCCGUUGGCGUGCGCGUGUGUUUCGCUUUUUCAUUUUUCUCGCUUUCUUCUUCCUCUCUUCCCCCGACACACACACACACCCCCCGCGCCUCCGCAAUCUAAACCCUCUCCUCUCCGGCGAUGCUGACGCGUCGCCGCGCGGGGCCGCUCGUGCACGUGCUCCUCCUCCUCCUCGUCUUCUUCGUCCUCGCGGCGGCAGUCGCAUUCCGCUCCGCCGCCGCGGCGGAAGGUGCGGGUGCGGGGGAGGAGGAGGAGGAGGCGCGGGCGGAGGCGGUGGCGCGCGGGGAGGGCGCCGGGAAGAAGGCGGAGGCCGGAGGGGAGGUGGCGGGCGGUGCGGCGGCCGGGGCCGCGGCGGCCAAUGCCACGGGGAACGAGGGCAGCCUCGCGGAGAUGAUCGACCGCGCGCUGGAGAAGGAGUUCCCGGAGUCCGAGGGCGACCAGGGCGGCGGAGAGAAGGACCCCGGCAGCUUCAACAAUACGGUGGCUGAGAAGCAGGGUGUCCUUGAAACUGUGGCCAGAAGAGUAACAAAGAAGAAUGAGACCAAAGACAAUAAGUCAUUCCCAUUUAAGGAAGUUUUCUUGGAUCGGCCAGAGCAAGAGGAUGUUCCCACAUUGAUUGAUCGGAAGGAUAAUGUUUUUAUUAUAUCCAAUCCGAAGUCAAAAUACCCUGUGCUGCAAUUGGACCUUAGAUUGAUCUCGGAUCUUGUUGUUGUUAUUGUGUCUGCUACAUGUGGUGGAAUUGCCUUUGCUUGCCUUGGGCAACCAGUGAUCACAGGUUAUUUACUUGCAGGGUCUAUAAUUGGACCAGGAGGUUUUAGCUUUGUGAGUGAAAUGGUGCAAGUUGAAACAGUAGCGCAGUUUGGUGUGAUAUUUCUGCUGUUUGCUCUGGGACUUGAGUUUUCUACAGCAAAGCUUCGAGUUGUUCGUGCGGUUGCUGUUCUUGGAGGAUUGCUCCAAAUCAUACUGUUCAUGUUCCUCUGUGGUAUUUCUGCUACGCUAUGUGGAGGCAAAACAAAAGAAGGUGUUUUUGUUGGUGUUCUCCUUUCUAUGUCUUCGACAGCAGUGGUUCUGAAAUUUCUGAUGGAAAGAAAUAGCAUCAAUGCCCUUCAUGGCCAAGUUACGGUUGGCACACUCAUAUUGCAGGACUGUGCUGUUGGUCUUCUUUUUGCACUUCUUCCAAUUUUGAGUGGCGCAUCUGGUCUUCUUCAAGGUGUUGCAUCAAUGGCGAAGUCGUUGGUGGUACUGAUAACGUUCCUUGCCAUUCUCUCUAUCCUCUCCCGGACUGGUGUGCCCUGGUUUCUUAAGCUGAUGAUAAGUCUUUCAUCUCAGACAAAUGAACUUUACCAGUUGGCAGCUGUUGCAUUCUGCUUGUUAUUCGCUUGGUGCAGUGAUAAGUUGGGCCUCAGUCUUGAGUUGGGUUCGUUUGCCGCUGGAGUAAUGAUAUCAACGACUGAUCUUGCACAACACACACUUGAACAAAUUGAACCUAUUCGAAACUUCUUCGCUGCUCUUUUCCUUGCCAGCAUUGGGAUGCUAAUUAAUGUCCAUUUUCUUUGGAACCAUGUUGAUAUACUCCUUGCAGCUGUGAUUUUGGUGAUUACUGUAAAGACGUUUAUUGUUGCUAUUGUCGUUAAAGGGUUUGGCUAUAGCAACAAAACAUCUCUUCUUGUUGGCAUGUCUCUUGCACAAAUAGGAGAAUUUGCUUUUGUUCUUCUUAGCCGUGCUUCAAGCAUCCAUUUGAUUGAGGGCAAACUUUAUCUGCUGCUUCUCGGGACCACUGCACUGAGUUUGGUAACAACACCCCUUCUAUUCAAAAUGAUCCCGGCAGUGGUUCACCUCGGUGUUCUCUUAAGAUGGUUUUCUGUUGAGAGCAAUCAGGUGGAGUUGGGCCUAAAAAGUGAUGGCCUCCGCAUCGAUAGCGGCAAGCGCAUAAAUUUGAUAGUCCAAGGCUCACAUGACUCAUGACAUAUUUUGGCACCACGCAAAGCUUACCUUUUUUAGUGUGGCUUACGCUAAAACAGCUCCUGUAAAGUGUUUUCUUCGCAUGUACGAAAAGAGAUUUGUACCAUACAUGCACGGCCGGGGGGGAGGAUGUGGAACAUUUGGAGCGGAGGCAAAAGAAAUCAAUCUCGUUUCGGUUGUCUUCUUGAGAGGGGUUGAUCUGCGAGUGGUGCAAAUGGCAAAAAUAUAAUUUGCCGGUUUUGGGAGUGGAGCAGAGCAGCAUGGCAUGCCCUGGGACCAACGGCGGUCUCGUGCUGCGUCUGCUCGAUGAAGUGUAAAACCCCAGAAACGAGGGUUUUCUUUGUAACAUAACAAUGUAUGCUGAUUAAUUGAUUGGGUUAGCGAGAUGGUAGGGGGUUUAUUUUGGCUUGGUCGUUGCUAUGCCAUUGUAUUAUCUUUGUCAGGGUUUGUGUGCGCGUUUCUCGUCGCGAAUUUUGUUGUGUACUGAAUUUUUACCGUUAGCAUCUAACCUUUGACCCUUUUUACUUAGAAUAUCGUUAUGAUACACGUCUUUCUGUAGUUUUUUUUUGCCCUAUAGAAAUAAUUGAAACCCAUUUUGCAUCAUUGUAUUUGUAUCUGUAUU